AUGCCGGCGGUGGGCCUGGGAACCCGCAAACCCAGGAAGCCGCGGCAGGCCUACGAGACCGUCAAGGCCGCGCUGGCCGUGGGAUAUCGACACCUCGACUCCGCGGCCCGGUAUAACAACGAGGACCAGGUGGGCGAGGCUGUGCGGGAUUCGGGGCUGCGGCGCGAGGACAUCUGGGUCACCACAAAAGUUGAAAAUGCCUGGCAUCACCACGUGGCGGAGCCAGUGGACCGGUCGAUGGCCGUGCUGGGAUUCGACUAUAUCGAUCUUCCUCUCGUGCACUGGCCCAUCGCCGUGUCACUCGAGGAGGAUCCCUCCACCGCCAUGCCGAGCUGGGAGUUCACGCACACCUGGCAGGAGAUGCAGCGCGUCCUCGCCUCCGGCCGCGUGCGCAACGUUGGCGUGUCCAACUUUGGCAUCCGAAACCUGAAAAAGCUGCUGUCUGAUCCGGCGUGCUAUGUGGUUCCGGCGGUGAACCAGAUCGAGGUAUGUGUUUCCUGCGUCCUUGUCAUGCUGACUGGAUUCCCUUCCCCUCCCCCACCCCGCAGCCCUUCUCCCGCCCCGGCUGAAUUUUUUUCUAGCUGCACCCCAGCUGUCCAUGCAUCCGUUUGGUGGUUCUGCCAGAAACGGGGAAUCCAUUGCACGGCGUAUUCUCCGCUGGCCUUUGAGUUACCCCAACUGCAUGAGAGCGCGGCGCUGGCCGAGCUUUGCAAGCGCACGUCCAAAACGCUGCUGCAAAUCCUCAUCGUGUGGGGUCUUCGUCUUCUCCAAGUAUUCCUGUACUCUCCACUUCCGUAA